ACAAGUGAUGCACAAUGCAUGUGUGUGUGUGUGUGGCAAGGAUGCUGGUAUCUUACAUGUUACACAGGAGCGGUGCAGGAGGAGGUAGCCACCACGCAUUAACUAUUCAAAGAUUCAUUGACAAUUUGCAUUCCAAGAGGGGGGUACCGUUGAAUAAUAAAAAGAAUCCUACCGGUGAAGUGUACCAUCACAUGCAUAGCGGAGCAACAACGUGAGUGUUAACAGUUCCCAAACAUAGGAGGUGGCUACAAGAAGACAACAAGAUUGAAAGACUGAGCAAAAGGAGAAAAAAAAAUCAAUUUUUCUGUCAGGCGUUGACGGACCAAAGUGGAAAAAUAGCUACCGGCGUGACGGCUCAGUUACACUGAUAGACCCUGCGUCCGUGACCAAGUCUUGGUCAAGAGGUAGCCAGCAAACUGGGACUUGAGGUAUCGGGAUAUACAAGUUUUCUCAUCCCAAGAACUCUUCUGUCGCCUGAGGUGCUUACUUCUCUAAACUAAGACGUGGAGGAAAAAUAAUAAAAGAGCAACACACACACUGUUGGAGUGAAUGUCAACACACCGACACUCGCUCCAUAGGAUUAUCCAGACUAUGUGAGGCAGUGGUGUCUGGCGCACGCCGUGUGGGUUUAUAGAAACUGUCGUCGCGGAUUUCUCGUCUGUCGUUUUGGGAGAUAUGACUUGUAUUGGAUCAUGACACGCUGGAUGGCAAGUAAUCUCCGACUACUUCUCUUAGCUGCGUUGCUGGUUGAAGUCAGUUCUGAUGUCAGCAUCGAUGGAGCAGGAGUUGAAGAAUGGGCCGCAGCAUUUGGAAGUGAGCUUUACGAGCUGAGUCUCAAGUACAGCGGAGCAGAGUUCAUCAGACAGGAGUACGAGCGUCGGGAUGAUGUGCACGUGGAAAGAGUGAAUGGCAUCAAGGUGGUUCAGGAGAUGGCAACCAAGAUGGAGAACAUGCUGGAGAACAAGGUGCUAGCCGUCAAGAAACUCAGAGACAAAGUUGAAGAGGCUCACGAAAUGUAUGACUACAACCCAGAUAUACAGUUUGAGUACUUCAACUCCAACCUGGUGAACACCAACACCACCGGCCGCAAUGAUAGAGACCUCCAUUUGCGCAAGACGUUUGAUCUAACACCCAACGAACACUUCAACGACAUUCCUGUCAAUAUCAUCAACAGUACUGUCCAAGUUGCUGCCAAUGUCUACAACUUUGGUACCGAAGUUUUGAACGGUAUCGCGGAGACGGAGGUACUGAAUGAAGUUUUUCAAGAGAACUACGAGAGAGAUCCCACGCUAACUUGGCAGUACUUUGGCCACAAUACGGGAUUCUUCAGGAACUACCCAGGAAUCGAGUGGGAACCAGACAGCAGGGGCUUGGACCUGUACGAUUGCCGCAAGCGAGGCUGGUACAUCUCCUCAGCGACCUCACCCAAGGAUGUAGUCAUAUUGGUGGAUACCAGCGGUAGCAUGACCGGCUCACGACACGAGGUGGCCAAGCAUACCGUCAACACCAUUAUGAGUACACUGGGAGACGACGACUUCUUCAAUGUCAUUUCAUUUGGGGACACAACGUCAUUCAUACGGUCGUGUUUUAAUGGGACGCUGGUGCAAGCCAAUGCGGACAAUAAAAACCUUAUCAAACAGGGUCUGAAGCAGAUGCCAAAGCCCCAGAAAAUUGCGGACUUUGAGCUUGCCCUGGUGGAAGCGUUUGAGCUCCUCGAAUCAUUCCAAAAAAAAGUUAGAAAAUUCAACAACACUGGAUUGGGAGCUAACUGUAACCAAGCCAUUAUGUUGAUAACAGACGGGGCCCAUGAGACGUAUGAGGAAGUAUUUGACAAGUACAACGAAGACCGCCAUGUGCGUGUGUUCACAUAUCUGAUUGGUGCUGACAUUAAGGAUGACCCCAACGUAAAGUGGAUGAGCUGCAACAACAAAGGAUACUACACAAGGAUUGGUGCUUUUGCCGAUGUGGAGGAAAAUGCCUCGAAAUACAUUCAUGUGCUGAGCCGUCCAAUGGUCAUCGAGCAGGACCACAUCACCGUCUGGACCAACGUCUACAUGGACACCUUGGUAAAUGAGGGUUUGCAACUGAUGACAACAGUCUCACAGCCCGUCUUCAACAAGAAAGAAAGCAAUAGGGAGCAGGGUAUCUUGUUGGGAGUGGCUGGCGUUGAUGUGCCUGUUAAAGAACUUCUGAAGUUAACACCAGCAUACAAGCUUGGUGUGAAUGGCUACCCGUUUGCCAUCACCAAUAAUGGCUACAUUCUAUACCAUCCUGACCUCCGACCUCGGGAUGAGAAUGGUGAACUCAAGCCAAACUACAACAGUGUGGAUUUGGCUGAGGUGGAACUAUCAGACAUUGAUGAACAGGAGUAUGAACGAACGUCUCUAGAACUAGUUCAGAAUAAGCUUCGUACAGCAAUGGUGGACAGGGAAACGGGAUACAUGAAUAUGACAGUCAGAAUGCACUCCAAAGACAUGAAACGUUUGCAUUUCCGUCUGAAUCACUAUUACUACACGGACUUGGCUGGUACGCCUUUCAGCCUAGGAAUUGUCUUGUCCGACAGGGCCGCUGGCGACAGCCAAUUGAUUGGCUUGGAGACAUUCACCGUUCCCAGUGGCAACGGUAGUGAGGGUGCAGUGGGUGAUCUUUGCUUACUCAAAGAAGGUCUGGAAAAUUUGUUCAAUGACACUGAAGCCGCAGUUCUUGCUAAUUGGAUUUACUGCAAUUUGAAUAACACAGAAGGGAUGACCAUGACAAGACCUCAGGCGCUAGAGAAGUACCUCCGGCUAGCCAUGGAGAACAGUGGCUACCUCAGUGCCAAAUGUGACCCCGAGUUAAUCAAUCAUGUGAUCUUUGAUGCCAAGGUCACGCAACCCAUAGUGAGCUACUGGGAAGGUAUCUAUGAAGCUCCUUCAAGAACCCCGCCAAUGCUUUCCAAUGAAACCCUUGCCCGACAGGCUUUAUACCAAGCCCUCUGUGAUAAUGAAACCAUGCCAACAGAACCCCAAACAACCGCAGUCUAUGCAAAUAGCACAGAUUUCCUUAUCACAAACCCGACGGAUGGAUGGUUGUCGGUACAACCCACAACAAGUCCGUCUGUAAACCAGACUACAAGCAACGCAACUGAUAUUCCCAUGACCCUGAAUUUGACCUCCCCGGCCUUUUUCGGGGUCACCCAAGAAGAGCAAAUGACGACUCAGAAAGAUGACGUUGUCACAACAAAUGCCCCCGAAAUGACGACCAAUGAUGGCAGCCUGUGGGAUGGUGUUAUCCUAUCCUUCGUUGGCACAAUGGGUGGCUUGACUAGAAUUUUCCCUAACCCAUACGCCACCCAAAAAAGCAAAUUUGCAGAGGAAUUUCCCAACACCAUAGAGGAGGAAUAUUACCAGCGUGCGGCCGAGACCUCUACUCAGAAAUUCAUCUACUCUGUCCCUCUACAAGGCCAGGAAGAUGGGUAUACAGCAGAUGGAUCAGAAUACCUUGUCACAGCCAGCGCCCCAGUCUUGGUGACAAAAGAUGGCAAAAGAAGCAUCGCAGCAGCUAUUGGUCUUCAAAUGCUGUCAGAUUUUCUGAAAGACAUGUUCUUGGAAACAACUACCAUGCAUCGGCAGGAUUGCAAUUCAGUGGCGUUUGACUGUGAACUCACCUGUUAUAAUGAGUCCGUUGGUUGUUACCUCCUUGAUGAGCAUGGAUACAUCGUCAUGUCUAAGGAACAACAAGAGAUUGGGAUGCAUUUUGCCUCGUUGACCGAGUAUGCAAGAGUAUUUGACAGAAUGUUGGACACUGGAGUUUACGUAGAGAUCAAGCAAAUUGACUACCAGGCAAUGUGCCAGGAGACAGUCAUGCACAUCAGUGCUGCUUCGCAUCUGUUAGAUCCACUGAUUUCCAUUAGUACAUUCUUGAUGGGCUUCACAAAACAGGUGAUCUUAUUGCUGUCCCAAGUGGGGCUUUAUUACAGCUGGGAAGUGUCUUAUGCCGAGGGAACAGUUGUCACCGAAGAAGUGAUAUCCACACCGUGUGAUAAAGAAAUGACCUAUUACUCUGCAAACAGUGACAGAUUGCCUCAGACAAGUUUUAUUCAAAAACAGUGCGAAGACUGUAAAAAGUCUUACAGCAUGGACGCUGUUCCCCACAGUAACCUCAUACUGCUAAUAGUGGACAAGGAUUGCACAUGUGACAUCCUGAGACCUAAGCACCUAGAGCCGGUCAAGGUGGAAUAUAACAGCUCCCGUUGGUGUCAGAGGUUACGCACCCAGGUGCAUCGCAGACGUCCUGAGCCAUGUCACUCCCAGCAUCCUUUGGAGAAUUCCACAGACUGUGGCCGAGGUUCAUGGCUCUGCCCUUCGUUGCCAUGGAUACUACUUAUGUUGCUUGUCAAGUCCAUCCUCACGUAUGUCUCCUCCAGAACGUGACAACACGCCCUCCAGUGGACAAAUAUUGCACAGUCAACGAACAUUUUUGUAAGCGAAGGCUGGCCUUCCUAAUGGCUCUCUUUUUUUAAUUCAAAUUUUUUGAUCUUCUGAAAUUGUAGCAUGGAGUUGAAUUUUCGCCUGCAUGACCCAUUAUGCGCACAAUAUAUUAAAACUGUACAUUAUUAGUGUUAUAUUCCGUAAAAGAAAUGGGAAAUUUUAAACAUUUUAUGGACACAAAUGAUUGUUAUUUCCUUUUGGUCGUAAGCUGCAAAUAUACCAAUUUUAAUGGUUUAUGUAAUAAGGUGGUUUUUGAUUUGAUAUUUUUUUCUUAGCUUGUGUUAUUUGAUCUAAUUUAAAAUAAAAAAAGAGUAAUACAUCGAAUGUAAAGCCAAGUAUUUAAGGGCAAAUUUUCAAAGUAAAUUUUUGAAUUUUUAAACGUGAGAAAAUUUUCCAAAUUGCAGUUUUAAAUUUUAUGGUCCUUUGUGACACUUUGAAUUUUCAGUGCAUGGUUUUGGAUUGUUGCACGGAACGGUUCUGUAUUUUUUAUAGGAGAAGUGAUCCAUAUAGAAAUGGAAACCAAUCAAUUACACAAGCAUAAAAUACCAAAGUUACAACAUACACAUGUUCUGAAUUGAGAAUCUUUGUGUGGAACCAAUCAUCUUUCAAAAGACAAAAACUCCCAAGGAAGAUGUGAAAGCUUUCUCAAGUGCACUUGUCACAUCUUUUAAGAAACAUGAAAUGUCACCAUUUCUAAAAUGUGCAUACAUCAGCCAUGCUAGUAAUUGAUCGAACAAACCUGUUAUGCUCCUUAUAGUUAGGACUUGUUCACGUUUUGAGUGUGAAGAGCACCUUAGAGUUGUAGUCAAGCACUCACAAGUCAAUCACAAGUAAUCACCAAUAUUCACAAGUUAUCAAAAGUCAUCGCAAUUCAAUCAUAAGAUCAUAAGUCAUCAAGUAAAAUCACAAGUCAUCGUGUAGAAUCACAAGUCUUUGCAAGUUGCCACAAGUCAUUAUAAGUCAUUACAAGUUAAUCACUAGUCAUCACAAGUCAAAAACAAGUCAAUGACAAGUCAGUCACGAAUCAUAACGAAUGAUCACAAGUCAAUCACAAGUCAAUCACAAGUCAUCACAAGUAAUCACCAGUAUUCACAAGUUAUCAAAAGUCAUCACGAUUCAAUCAUAAAACAUCAAAUAAAAAUCACAAGUCAUCACGUAGAAUCACAAGUCAUUGCAAGUUGACAUAAGUCAUCAUAAGUCAUUACAAGUUAAUCGCAAGUUAGCACAAGUCAAUGCAAGUAAGUCACAAUUCAAUCACGAGUCAUCACGAAUCAUAACGAAUCAUCACAAGUCAAUCACAAGUCAGUCACAUGUCAAUCACAAGUCAGUCACAAGUCCAUCACAAGUCAAUCACAAGUCAAUCACAAGUCAAUCU